AUGGGUCGACCCUUUUCCAGUCCGACUACAUCAGCCUCCACCCUCAAUACCAAACGAGAGUCGUGCAAAGAAGCAUGGCGAGACACGAGAAAAUGCAUCUUGACCUCCUUCGGUUACGGCACAACCGCAACACCCGACGAGAUUCCACCAGACAACAUCUUCGUACCGAUCCAGCAGGACAAUAUACUGCCCCAGGUCCCCAUUGGCCGCCAUCAUCCAGUGCCUAGAAAGGGGAUCGAGGACGACGAUAGGCGGACGCUACAUACGAACAAGUUUUACACCAAUUCCUUUCUGGGCAACCAGAAUAUGCCGAUCUGGACACAUCCGUAUUCGAUAUGGUGGGGAAAGGGGUGGUUGGUGCCGGAUUUGCUGCCGUCGUUUGGUAUGAAUGUGACGCAUGCUGAGGAACAGGAUAUUACGUAUGGACCAGGGGAUCCGGCAAGUAUGUACAAGAAUCCUCUGCGGAAACAGUGCCUCAUACUCUCUGCCAAAGAGCUCGACGGCCACACGACCCUGACCACCGACACCCAUCUGCCAUUUUCCGUCAAUGUCAACCUCAACGGAAGGUCAGGCCCCGCACCGGUCCGAAUGACGUUUCCUGUUGUUCAAGGGAUGAGCUUUGUGACUGCUAGUUACAGGAACGCCACGCCCAUGAUUCAUACUGGUGGCAAGGGCUUCACUGACUUUGUUGGCCCCAUCCACAUGGGAAGAUCAGCCAAGUACCGUGUCUCGGACCUAGAUGGUAGACCUUGGAUCAUCUACAUCAACCCCGUUCCCGACGUCGAGUACGACAGUUUGAGACUUGUGCGUGUGGAUUCGCACACCUUGCUGGCACCACCGGGCUUCAAAGGCACCAUACAGGUUGCGAAGAACCCGCUUGGAGCCGAAGGCGAAGCCAUCUACGACAGGACAUUUGGGACCUUUGUCUGCGAAGCCAAAGUAACCGCCGUGGUCCAAGACACAAGGGCCGUCUACUCACUCCAAUACACCAAAGUCGGCACCGCACCUCUCCUCACGUUCGCCCUCCCACACCACAUCCUCUCCCUCGACCCCGACCUCAAAAGCAAAGUAACCAAACUCCAACUCCGCACCACCACCAAAGGCAAAGCCACCGCAAUCUGGUCCGACAACCUCACCAUGAUCGAAUCCGCCCUCCCAUCCACCAUGCACUUUGGGCCCUGGAACCCCGCCCAAAACUCCACACCACGUCUCCGCUUCCCCCCCGAAGUCCUCGCCCUCAUCGCCGCCGUGGCAGAGCGCGAUCUCCGCCGCGCAAUGACCGACCCCAUCCCCCUCGACUCAAUGUACCACGCCGGCAAAUCCCUCGCGAAAUUCGCAACCCUCGUCUGGGUGAUCAAGGACAUCCUCUCAAACGACAUGCUCGCAACCACGGGCCUCGACAAGCUCAAGCAACAAUUCAGCCGGUACACCAGCAACCAGCAAAAAUUCCCCCUCUACUACGACGACGGCUGGAAGGGCGUCGUGUCCAACGCCGGCUUCGCCCACGCGGGCGCCGAUUUUGGAAAUACGUAUUACAACAACCAUCACUUCCACUUUGGCUACCACGUCUACGUGUCGGCGGUGAUUGGCUUCCUGGACCCCGGCUGGCUGGCGCAGGGCGACAAUCGGGCGUGGACGAAUAUGCUGGUCAAGGAUUUUGCGGAGAGCGAUUAUGCGGGGCGGGAUUAUCCGUUUUCGCGCAGCUUUGACUGGUACCAUGGGCAUAGUUGGGCAAAGGGGUUGUGGGAGAGUGGGCAUGGCAAGGAUGGGGAGAGUACGAGUGAGGAUGGGUUUGCGAGUUUUGCGGUGAAGAUGUGGGGGAGGGUUGGGGGGGAUGGGAAUAUGGAGAAGAGAGGUAACCUGAUGCUCGCCAUCCAAGCCCGCUCCUUCAACUCGUACUUUUACCUCCAAACCAGCAACACAAACCACCCGGCUCGCUUCGUGCAAAACAUGGUUUCGGGGAUUUUAUUCGAGAAUAAAGUCGAGUAUGCAAGUACGUGUUCCCUCGCCUCGACUACCCCCUCUUCAUCACUAUCCAUCUUCCCCCCGCUGAAGGAUAGUCUGCGGGGGUGGUAA